CGACCGCGGAUAUGAAUUGAUGUUAUCGGUCAUAGAAUGUCUACGGAUUCAAGACUCAUGGAGAGACUGAUCGGCCGAACGCAAAAAUGACCUAUCUCACUGAAAGCUCGGCGCUUACGAUUCUCACGUUAAUCGGGCGAUUCCCCGCCUCUAACAGAGUUGAAGAUGGCGCCACGAAAUCCUUCGGCGGGGAAAGUCGCCGAAAAUCCCGUUCCUAGGAGUUUUUAAGAAGUCGAGAAUUGACAGCGAAAGGCGCUUAAUCGGAAACAACACAUUGCCUUCAUUGGGUCUUGUUUCCAAUCAAGGCAGAGACCUUCAGCUAAUAUUUUCCGACAAAUCCUCCACCCAAUUGUCCAAGACCGACAAGAUGGCAUCGGGCCAGUUCUUCGAUCCCUUGGUCGCACUCCGCGUCGCACCUCUAGUCUCGUCAACUUGCACUCUGCUAUUCGCUUGGGAUCAGCAUUUUUUCCUCAGUCUUUUCAAUGACACAUCCGAGCUUCGAAAGAAGAGCGCGCCUAUGUUGAAGCCCUACUUCAACACCUUCUUUUCUCGCGGCGUCUUCUUCGUCCUAGGCUUCAUCGCCGUAUCGACGAGCACAGGUAUCGCAAAUCUCUACAGCCAGCCAGCCGCACUAAGGUCGCAAGGCACUUAUUGGUGGUACGCUGCUGGCGCGGCCAUGUCGGCGGGACACUUGCUUUAUGUUCCGGCUGUUGCGCCCCACGUGAAGGCUUUAGCCGAGGCAAAAGACGAUGACGAUGUAAAUGGAAUUUUGGAUAAGUGGUUGAAUGCCAACUGGUUGCGCAUGGUUACUGUGGACCUAGGUGCCUGGCUUGUUUUCGGUGUUGGGGCUCUGAGCACAUUGCGUGUGUGAGCAAAAUCGGGGAGUCGCAUAGAACAUGUGCAUGCACUCAGUAAUGUAAAUGUCUUUUGAAACCCAGGAUGUGUUGGAAAAGCUACCCCGAGGUGAGCGGUCUGGUCUAGCAAGCUUG